AUGAAAAAUUGGAGUGCUCCUAUUGCAGAAAAUGUGAAGACUAAAUUUGAUGGUGCAGUGUUUGGAGAGUCCAAUGAGGCUAGUAUUGGAGUGGUUAUUCGGAACUGUGAAGGCAAGGUCAUGGUGGCCCUUUCUGAGAAGAUUAAGAAACUUGCAUCUGUAGAAAUUUUGGAGCUAUUGGUUGCAAGGAGAGCAAUUAGUUUCACGCUUGAUACUGGUUUCAACAAUUCAAUCUUUGAAGGGGACUCUGACAUGGUUGUAAUAUCUUUGCAGGGGAGGGGUAUGGAAAAUUCACAAGGUGGGCAUAUCAUAAAAGACAUUCAGUCUUUUGUAAUCUCUUUACAAAAUUAUUCUUUCUCUGAUGUUGUACGGUAA